AUGACGACGCUUACUUUGCAAUUGUGCUUCCUUAUCGUUCUGGCUGUGGGCGGCUCACAGAGCAAAUCUGUCUUCAACUACUCGGAAGAGAUUUUGCUGUAUCGUGAUCCUGAGUCUAUCGUCGAGACGGUCAACAUCAGCAGCUCCGAUGCUUCACAUUGGCAGGAAAACACGACAAAAUACUGGCGAUUCGAUAUCGCAACACAAAACUGUCAAUCUGCUCGUGUCAACUUUGAAUCGUUCAACAUGGCAAAAGGAGACUACGUCGUCGUCUACGGAAUUGACAACAACAACGAGAUGAUGGGAGUCGAGCGAUUCGAAGGCAAAGGUUGGCGCGAUCGAGGUGAGGUAAAUAGUCGUCGUGUAUUUGCUAAAGAACUGAUAAUCGAGCUCCACAAGAAACAUCAAGAAUCUCACUUUCUUCUUUCCUACGUUCAUUACGCUGACUGUGUUCCACAUCCGGGUAUGCCUGGAUCGGUUUGUGGAUCACGUGACUGGUUAAAUAUUAUUUGCUACAGAGCGUACAAUCACAUCACGUCGCUCGGUAAUUCAGUGUUUAGAAUCCGUUUUGUUAAGAACGGAGCUUCUUACUUUUGUACGGGAUGGAAAGCCUCCGACGACGGUCGCUUUCUCACCAACUUCCAUUGCCUUGGGAAUCAAGCACAGGUCAGUUCUGCCGAACUGGACUACAAGUAUGACUCUACGGACUGCACAGACGACGUCGGAAGUGCAAAGAAAAUUUACCACGGAGACACUUUGAUUCAAACAAGUGGCAGCAACGAACUGGAUUUCACAAUAUUUACAGUCAAGGAAAAUACUUAUGAUAUAGAGUGUCUCCAGCGCAGCCAUGAGGUUCCGCGUCCUCAUCAUGACUAUAUGAUGAUCAUUCAUCAUCCAGCAGGAGAACGCAAAAAGGUGUCUUUAUCAUCUGAUAAAGAUUCGGGUGGUUUCUGUAGACGGAAAGAAAGUUGCCGCCAUCCCAAUGACUACUGCUAUGACUGUGAUACAACGGGUGGUUCGUCGGGCUCUCCCGUGUUCUUCUGGAAGUUUAGUGGGCGGAUGCCAGUCUAUGCUCUUCAUCACUAUGGAGGAUGUCCUAACACUGGAGUGAAGCUAUCUCUUGUGUCUAACGCUGCCGGACAAAACCUGGGAAGUUGCACGUAGAAAUCCCUCAGAUAGUGUGAUGAUAGAUAAUGCACGUGACUUGUUGAGUUCUGGAUUCACUGAGACAUCGUCUCCCUCUAUUUAUCACUAUAGUGGCUGUAGACAGCCCGUGUUUGUGCACCAUGGUUUUGCUUGUUUGACUGAUGACUCUCAAGUAUAUUAUAGUGAGUAUACGUAUACUCUAUAUACUCAUGAAACUGUUGUGUUGUGUUAGAAUGAAACAAAUACAAUUGAGCUGCAU